UGUGUGAGUGACAUCGAGCGGCUAGCUGUCAUCAUCUGUCACCCCUACCGGGAAACUCAAUGUUUUGAUCCUGCUCGGUUGCACAGGGCAGUUUUCGCCAAAUCGUUGUUUUGCACUCCAUCACUGCGCCCAGACAAGCAUUAUUCGCCAUGAAUGUUCUUCCGAAGGUGUGCCGUUCGCCUUGCUUUGCGGUCCGAUCUGCUCCGAUGUGUGCGGUGCUGCGUUGCUAUAGCACUGCCGGCGGUGACACCAAACUACCCAAGAAUGUGAUCGAACAUCUUAACACGGCACAGGAGCAGCAAACGAAUGGCUUUGUAUACGAUAAAAAACCAUUCCGGAUGGAGCUGGAAGAAGGAAAGCGUUAUUCCUGGUGCCUUUGCGGGCGCUCCAAAGGUCAACCGCUGUGCGAUGGAACGCACAAGCUAGUGCAGUAUAAAAUCACGCAACGUCCCGUUCGAUUUCAAGUGGAAAAGUCAGGGACAUACUGGCUGUGCAACUGCAAACAGACGAAACACCGGCCCUUUUGCGAUGGAACGCACAAAUGCGAAGAGGUGCAGAAGACAUCCGGCAAGUAGUGUUGCGGCACUACGCACUCGCAGCAUCGAAUUUCGCCCCGGAUCGGAGGCUUGGUCUGUAGAAUAAAAAUUAGGACACACAAUCAUCACUGUUGCUUUUCUUACUGACCCAGUGCUCGCCGUGCGCUAUCGCUGCCUCGACCAAUCGACCAGCACCGCACGACGGUUCUGCGCGGAAAUGUUAAAUUUUGUCAUCAUGUGGCUAAACUCAGCUUCCACGGUCCUUGUAAUUAGCAAUUUUUUGUUUCUGUAUUUUCAAGUAAAACAAAAGAAAGGAUUGCCUUGAGAGCAUAUUAUAAAGUGUUGUUACAUUGUUUGAAACUGACUGAACUACUACCAGUCCUCCUUCGCAUCCGAACGCAAGGAUUUGUAAGGGAGGGAUAAAGAGAAAGAGAGAGAGAAAAAAAGGAUGAAAACACAAUACACGAAUGGUUGGAUGAGUAAUAAUAGAAGGCAAAUGCAAUUGCUAACUUACAUCUUGUCACAUGAGAAGCGACUACAUACAAGAAAAGUUGUGUACCUUUUGUUUUACAAAUUGUAAAUGCGUCUAUAUCGUUGUGACUAUUAUUGGUCUCUUUCGUAUGUU